UUUCAGCUUCCUUCCUUCCCUGCGCUUUCCCAAACCCCGGCCACCCUGGCUGCCCGCGUCCUCCCGCUCUUCUCCCUUCUCUUCCCAGCUCUCUCUCGCUCUUUGAUCUGUUUCUCUUUCUCUCCCCCUCUUUCCCCCCCACAGGACUUUUUAAAUGAACCUCAUUGUUGGGAACCGGCUCUCAACUUGGUUCCUGUAAUCCGCUCUCCAUGGGGCGGUUGCUGUUACAGAUUCCAGAUCCCCAGCAGCCGAUCCUAAGGGACCAACUUUAGAAUUUGCACAAUGACACCCACAUGGGCCGGGAGCCAACUCCCAGAGUAACAAGAUGCUCAACUACAGUACCCCCAGUGCAGGGGGCUGCCUGCUGGACAGGAAGGCGGUGGGCACCCCGACCGGUGGGGGCUUCUCCCGGAGGCACUCGGUCACCCUGCCCAGCUCCAAGUUCCACCAGAACCAGCUUCUCAGCAGCCUCAAGGGCGAGCCGGCCCCAGCCCUGAGCUCGCGGGAUAGCCGCUUCCGAGACCGCUCUUUCUCGGAAGGGGGCGAGCGGCUGCUGCCCGCCCAGAAGCAGCCGGGCGGCGGCCAGGUCAACUCCAGCCGCUACAAGACGGAGCUGUGCCGCCCCUUCGAGGAGAACGGCGCCUGUAAGUACGGGGACAAGUGCCAGUUCGCGCACGGCAUCCACGAGCUGCGGAGCCUGACCCGCCACCCCAAGUACAAGACGGAGCUGUGCCGCACCUUCCACACCAUCGGCUUCUGCCCCUACGGGCCCCGCUGCCACUUCAUCCACAACGCGGAGGAGCGCCGCGCCCUGGCGGGGGCCCGGGACCUCUCCGCCGACCGCCCCCGCCUCCAGCAUAGCUUUAGCUUUGCUGGGUUUCCCAGUGCCGCUGCCACCGCCGCUGCCACGGGGCUGCUGGACAGCCCCACGUCCAUCACCCCACCCCCCAUCCUGAGCGCCGACGACCUCCUGGCCUCACCCACCCUGCCUGACGGCUCCAAUAACCCCUUUGCCUUCUCCAGCCAGGAGCUGGCCAGCCUCUUUGCCCCUAGCAUGGGGCUGCCCGGGGGUGGCUCCCCGACCACCUUCAUUUUCCGCCCCAUGUCCGAGUCCCCCCACAUGUUUGACUCUCCCCCCAGCCCUCAGGAUUCUCUCUCGGACCAGGAGGGCUACCUGAGCAGCUCCAGCAGCAGCCACAGUGGUUCAGACUCCCCCACUUUGGACAACUCAAGACGCCUGCCCAUUUUCAGCAGACUUUCCAUCUCAGAUGACUAAGCCAGGGUAGGGAGGGUCCCCCUACCCCACUCAACGCCAUCCCUGUGUCCCACCUACCCUCAUCUCCCUGUCCUACCCUACAAACCCUUCCAUUAACAAGGUUAAGCUCAAACCCUUUCCCCUAGAACCUUGGAAUGCUCCUCCCUCUCCGCCCUUUUAACCCUUCUCCCCCCCCCCCCCCAUCCCCCUCUAACAUAAGGACAAGUCAGUUUGUCAGUAGCUUCCUCUGGCUUGAAACCCCCUUCCCUUGAUUUUAUAGCCCACUUACCAUGCAUAACAGACAAGUCCCAUAUUUGUCAGUAAGAUGCCUUUUUUUAUUUUUGUCCUCCCCGGCUUAAGCCUUAAGUGCCAAAUCACAAAAAGAAAAAGCAGUAACAGUUUACAGAAGCAACUUAGUGCCUUGUAAUCUAACUUUGUCACUGUGACUACAUUACCUCUUCGAGCGCCAGGGGGCACCCGUGGGCCUCCCAGAGCCUCUGCCCAUGGGGAGGGGGGAGGGGAGGGAGGGGACCCAGACCAGCAGCUCCCUCCACUGGCGAGACAACUGCACCUUCCCUUAUUUCAGUCUCCCACACGCUUCCUCCUCCCUUCCCCAGCAGGCCCCCACCCCCACCCCCCUUGGGAGAGUUUUUGCCAGACUCGGGUUUUUGGGGAAACCUAUCUUGACGUUCAAAAACCUUUUUUCUUCCCGACCCGAACCUCUGUUGACUAAUCUUGCCCGGGUUCGCACAGGUCUACAGGAAGGAAGACUGAAAAAGUGGAUGAAGAUUGUGACAUAAGUGGGACUUUGUGAUUUAAUUUUUUUCUUCUAUUUUUUUUUUUUUUAAGUGGGGAGGAAGGGGAAGCUAGAUGGACUAUGAGAGACUUGAUUUUGGUGCUAAAGUUCCCCAGUUCAUAUGUGACAUCUUAAAAAAAAAAUGACAAAAAAGUGAGAGAAAAGCUAAAAAAACAUGUAAGGGGUGAGAGUUAAUGGUAUUCAUUCCACGUACAAUAUCUGUGUAAAACGAUUUCCCGUAGACGUAGCUUUAAUGGUUUUUGCUCUAGAAUACCUUAGGACUAUCCUCGGAGCACUCACGCCAUGCUUUUUUCCCUGGGUUUUAAACUUCAUAUAACUUUUCAGAAAUUGGAGAGCAAAAUUUUUGCUUGUCACUGCACAUCAAUAUAAAAAAGCUUAUUUAACUUAUCAAAACGUAUUUAUUGCCAAACUAUGCUUUUUUUUGUUAAUUUUGUUCAUAUUUAUCGGGAUGACAAAUCCAUAGAAUAUAUUCUUUUAUGUUAAAUUAUGAUCUUCAUAUUAAUCUUAAAAUUUUGUGACGUGUCUUUUUUUCCCUUUUUUUCCACAGUUUUAAUAUAUUAUUCUUCAACGACAUUUUUUUGUAACUUUACACUUUUUUUUGGUUAUUUUAUUUUAAAAAAAUGAAAAAUUAAUUUAAAAAAAAUGCAAAAAACUGUUGGAUUAUUUAUUUUAGAAAUUUCCCCCCUUUGUGUUGGACUGCAAAUUGAGUUUCUUUCUCUUUAGGCCUUUCACAACUAGAACUGAGAAUGUAUGUAGAAGUUCUGUGACAGUACAGAAGGAAAACAACUUUUUUAUGUAUCUCUUCUAAAAGGGGAAAAAAUAAAAAAUAGAGAAACCCUUUGACUUCCACGUGCCCAUCUCAAGACAUUCCGAUGACAGAUUUGAGGUUCUGGAUUCCAGGUUUAGCAUUUUCCAAUGUUGAUGCAAACAGAACUGGCACACACACACAUUAAGAUGAAUGUAAUUAUUAUUCCUCUUGCUGGUCACUACCGUCGCUUUCUUUUUCUCUUUCUUUGUGUGAAUUUAUUUAAAAGGAAACUUUUUGUAACGACUAUUUGCAGUUUAAAAAAUCAAUAAACCCCAUUUUUUUUUUCAAGAAA